AUGUCCAGCGACUUCUCGCCACAUACAAAUUCUGCGGGCGAGCGAAGUCACUCUACAUCAUCCGACCUUCCCCCGCACGUCAACAAGCCCAGGAAGGGCCAAACCUUGGAACAUUUCCUGUCUUCGCUUCUUCUCAUCUCGCAUCUUGCAUCCUCACUUCGCUCGUGGGUCAUCGUCGGCAUCUUCUUCGCAAAGGGGGUGACGAGACAGGAAAAAAAGGCCAGGUCGCCAGACGGACGCAAAAAGCAGAACAACAUCAGACGAGAAGGGACGGGGACAAGCACGAAACGACAGAGAGACAAGAGACAGAAGAGAAGACCAAGGUCGAGUCUCUUCUCCCCUAACUACCCAGCGCGUGCUCGAACCCGGCUCUGCCUGUUUAAAGUGAAGGGAUACGUCUAUCCUCUCUUUCCUGCCUGCUCGCUCUGCACCGCCAGCUUCAGCUCCAUCCUCAGCUUCGUCGUCCUCCUCCUUGCUCUGGCUACUUCUCUGUCGGCUCAGGGCGUCUUUUUACUCUCUGAUCUAUCUCGCUCCCUCUCUCUGGCUGUCUGUGGCUCUAUCCCUAUCUCAUCCUUCGCUUGGCCUUCCCCCCCCCCCCCCGUCACUGCCUCACACGCCUGGGCAGAGAAACAGAGCAAAAAAGAGAGAGAGACAGAGAUACACCCAAGCAAGGACUGCUUUCUCGGCAAACUCACUCCCCCAAGGACGGAGUACAUGCUAUGUAGCUCAGCUAUCUGGAUCAGCCUGCUAACUCUCCUCGCUAUCGUUCGUAUCGAUACAGAUGAAUUGGAUCUCCUAUACCCCUUCAUCCCUUCAUCGACUUCCACCAGAUCUUCUAGUUCUUCUUCUCCCUACUCGUUUCUUCUUCUUGCUAUUCUUCUCUUUUUUUUUUUUUUUUUACUUUUCCUCUGCCUUUCUCUACUCGGUUCCUCGGGAGUUGCUCCUAGGUUCCUCGUCCAGGUUCCCUCCACUCGUCCUCCUCAUCGUAGCAUAAAGAUGCUCGAUUCGCCUACAUAUAUAUCCUUCCUUUCUUGUCUCUUCUUCUCUGUUCUCAUCUCCUUCCUAUACGCGGACAACCCCAGUGAAACAAUUAACUUGACCCUCCCCAACUGA